AUGGACCCGCUAUUCUCGCUAGACUUCAUCUCUCCCGAGAUCAGCUCAGCUCUGGCUCCUGAGUACAAGCUGCGUCCGCUACAGACUUCUGACUACGAGAACGGGUACCUCGACGUGCUUAGUGAUCUCACCACGGUGGGCAACAUCAGCAAGGAGGUUUUUGAUUCUCAGAUCGCAUUCAUCAAGUCGCGAGAGGGAGAAUAUUUUAAUAUCGUCAUUGAGAAAAUAGCAACUGGAAAGGUUGUUGCCGUCGGAACUUUGCUUGUCGAGCACAAAUUCAUACACGAAUGUGGAUUAGUCGGUCAUAUAGAAGACAUCGCGGUUGCCAAAUCCGAGCAGGGAAAGAAACUCGGAAUCAAGGUUAUCCACGCCCUCGAUUUCAUUGGCAAAAAAGCCGGCUGCUAUAAGAAUAUUUUGGAUUGCUCGCCUCAUAACGAAGCGUUUUACAUCAAAUGUAAGAGACCCCAUUCUUUAUCUCAUAGUAUCAUGAGUGCCAUGCUAAUUUUUCGUUGUCAAGGUGGCUACAAAAACGAGGGAUUCGAGAUGGUACGUAUUCAUCAACUGCUAGAUUAUCUGUAA